AUGGCUGAAAAAUUUCGAGAUAGUCCCUUGGACACUCCUCUAGACAACCCAGAUCUAGAUUUAUUCACUGAUGGUUCUUCUUUCACGAGGGAUGCCAUAUACUACACUGGAGCUUCUAUAGACACAGAAUUUGCCACUCUAUGCUCGAAUCUUGGUGUACACCAGAGAAUCCACAGUGGGUUGAAACCUUAUGAAUGCCAGCAAUGUGGGAAGACAUUCAGUUGUAGCUCCAGUCUGGCUGUACAUCAGAGAACCCACACUGGUGAAAAACCUUUUGAAUGCCAGCAAUGUGGAAAGACAUUCAGUUCUAGCUCCAGUCUUGCUGUUCAUCAGAGAAUCCACAGUGGGGAGAAACCUUAUGAAUGCAGCCAAUGUGGGAAGGCAUUCACACAGAGCUCUGAACUUGUUCAACAUCAGAGAAUCCACAGUGGGGAGAAGCCUUAUGAAUGCAACCAGUGUGGGAAAACAUUCAGUCAGAGCGCCCAUCUUGCAGUACAUCAGCGAAUCCAUACUGGGGAAAAACCUUAUAAUUGCAAGCAAUGUGGAAAGACAUUCAGUCAGAGCUCCAAACUUAAUCAACAUCAGAGAAUCCACAGUGGGGAGAAACCUUAUGAAUGCAAGCAAUGUGGAAAGACAUUCAGUUGUAACUCCAGUCUUUCUGUACAUCUGAGAAUCCACAGUGGGGAGAAACCUUAUGAAUGUAACCAGUGUGAGAAGACAUUCAGACAGAGAUCCCAACUUCAUCAACAUCAGAGAACCCACAGUGGGGAGAAGCCUUAUAAAUGCAACGAAUGUGGAAAGUCAUUCAGUUGUAGCUCCAAUCUUGUUGUACAUCAGAGAAUUCACAGUGGGUUGAAACCUUAUCAAUCUCAUGCAGAAACCCAAGAGAAAGAAACAACAAGAGAUAAUCAGAUGCAGGCCUAUUCCCCUUAA